GCGAGGCGCCGCUUUCACUUUCCUUUUUCACAAAACAAAUCCUGUUGCUCAAAGUAGCGACUUUCACUAAAGAAAAGAAAAAAACGUCGUAAAAACGUGUUUGCGUGUAAAAACGUUUUUGCGAGUCUUCUCACUUUAAAGAUCAGGAUGGCUGGUGAAGAGAGGACGAUUCGAGUGAGCGGACUGCCGGUGGACGUUUCUGAGAAUCGACUCAUUGACAAACUUCAGAUCCAUUUCCUGCGUAAGAAGAAUGGCGGAGGUGAGAUAAGUGCGGUCACUGUUUCCAAAACGGUGCCAGGAACAGCCUUUAUCACAUUUGAGGAAGGCGAAGUUGCCUUACGACUUGCUCAGAAAGGAAAGCAUGUAUUUAAUGUCAGUGACAAAAGCUAUGACAUCACCAUGAGCCUUCAUCGUGAAGAAGCAAAUGUGGACAAAGUCCUGUUGUAUAUGUCACUACUGGUGGACCACAAGAAAAUCCCAGGAGGGAAAAACACUCUUUUGUCUUUGCAUAAAAGUUUUCCAGGAGUCCAGAUGGUUUACGACUUCCAGAAAGAACUGUACACUCUGAAAGGACGCUACAGUGAGGUUCAAUCACUCAGCAGCCUUGUGCUGGGGUCUCUAGAGAAACAGGACCAGAGCUCAGGUGAUAAGGCACAUCCAAAGACAGCAAGCAAAAAGAUGUAUAACUCACCCCUGACGGAAUCUGCCAGCUGCCAAGUAGGGGCAAAUGAAGAUACUGGGGUAGUAAAACACAAUGAAGAGUUGGACCUGGAGAGUAAAUGUUGGAAAACAGGUUUUCCUCUGCUAAGUAGUUCCAGCAAUCACACUUCACAUUCAGCUUUGACAGAAAACAAAUGGGACUCAGAUAUUGGAACUUUGUUUGAAGACUUUUCCCUGAUUGUCGAUUCGGACAUCUUCCGUUAUCUCCAUCAAUACUCAACAGAGUACCAGAGCAUCCUUCGGCGGCACAAGGUAGAAGUUCUGGAUGUGAACUGUGACGACAUCACGACUUUGUAUCUCAAACCAAAAACAGCCCUGUCUUCACAUGACAUGAGUUCUGUUAUAAAGGCCCAUGAAGAUUUGGCACAUCUCUACCAGCAGAAAGAGUCACAUUUACGCAAGGAGUAUGUUUAUAAGUGUGGAAUUCCAGAGAAGGAACUCACACAUGCUCUGGAGUCCCUUAGGGAGAGGCUGCCGAAACUAAUGAUCCAUGAAGACGACAGGAAUGUGUAUAUGGUUGGAAGUAAAAGUGACGUAUCUGAAGCUAAGCAUUUUAUUGUUGAUAUGCGAGGGCUUGGUUUGAAGAAAGAAAUCCAUUCUGAACAUCUGUUUGUUUCCUCUCCUUCCAAGUGUACCUUCUCAAAACAAGGAAGUGCAGAUUGUCAUGAUCUAUUCAUGCCAAAGAAGGACCACCAAGAUGCAAACCAAAGAUGGAUUGCUAGUAAGAACUUUAGUGAGAAAGGACAUGAUUCUGUUGAACUGGAAAAUGUUGAUGACCAGAUUGAAGAGUCAACAGAAGACAUAUUCGAUUUGAGAAGAACUGAAGUUUCACAAGAGAAACAUGUCCCACGUGAUUUAAAAUGGAUAGAGACUGAUAGCUGGCUUGACAAAAAUAAAUACACAGAUUCUCUCUUUGCUUCUUCCAAGCCUUCUGCUCGACACUCUGUUUUGGAUAGAGAAGAAAAAUUAUUGAAGUCAGACAUUAUUUCAGGGGAAAUGGUGAUUGACUCAGAGACACAAAUCAAGUCAAGUAAAGGGUAUAAGUCCAAACAAACUGAGACUGGGAAGGAGCGAAAAAUGGCCGCCAAUUUUAGUAAAGAGAUGUACAGUGGCAUAAAGGAUUUAACAUCUUAUAAAUCGGAAGCUCCCAAAAUCCAUGAAGGUGCAUAUGUAAGGGAGAGAAAAAACCGUGAUAGUGGACAGCCACACUCUCUUCCCCUUAUAAAGUCAACAAAGAAUAUUAAUCCACACACUUUACAUAGUGGUGUGAGUGCACAAAUCACCACAAGCACAAUAGACAGUGAAGAACUAAAAGGUGACAAGAUGUCAAAAUCGAAGCCUAUAAUGACUCCAGCUUGUUUGACUGUAGAUCAGGGGGCCAGUAGCUUCCCCAUCAUGCCUUCAGAAUCAACCCUGAGUAUGUCCAGUAGCUUCAGCGGCAGGAUGAAAAAGGUUGAGGAAGCAAUGCAAAUAGCUGUAGAUGUAUCUGCUGGACAAAAGGGAAUAAGCCAAAAUUCUGAGACAAGGGAAAUUGUUGCUAUGGAUUUAGUUUUGCCUUUUAGGCUGUGGCUUUACCUUACGUCAAUUUAUAAUACUGAAAUUGAGAAUUUGACAUCUGACCUGCAAGUUAAAGAGAAAUUGGAUAAGGAAGACAUCACAUUGUGUCUAAGAGGUAUAGACUCGCAAAAGGUCAGUGAAUGUUACAGUGGUUUGAAGAGUCUCAUUGCUACAGCUGAAAUGGACUUUGACGCAAGAACACUACCACUGUGCAAGUUCGGACUGUCAUGCAACAAGGAUAAGAUCUUGAUAGAGCUGUGUACAGUAUUGAGACAGCGCUAUAAGAUGGUUAAAAUCCUAGUAAUGUCCACUGAUAUAAUAAUCAUUGGCCCUAAAGCAUUGUGUGAUGAAGUUCAGGACACUAUGGCAAAGGUCUUCCAAGAAGGGGGGAAAAGGUUGGAGAAUGAACUGUCUCCCAAUUCAGAUAGUUUACAUAUCAGCAAAGCACAUGAAACUGACUUAAACUUACUUGCCCCACAGCCAACAACCCCAGCAAAACCACAUGCUGACAUCAUUAUGAAAGAUCUAUCUAAAAUAUCUGACCAAAGUGUUGCUGGUUCCUCAAAAAAGUUUCCUCAGGUUUUAAGUAACCAAACUGCAGAUGCCAGAGAACAAGUCAAUCAAAGCAGGAGCCAGAAGAAGAUGAAACAAAAGAAAAUGUUGGAACAGUUGGAUGACAAAGAUUCUAACUUAACGCAGGACAAUGGUGGGACCAUGAACAUUGAGACCAGAGAAACCUCAUCUGGUAGUAUCAUCAUCUCUGCCACGAGGCAAGAUAAAGCAGAUGGUGAGCUGAACAGAGACCAAACAAUUACUACUGCUCAGAGCAAGGAAACAUUUAUUGAUCAAAUAAAUUCAAGCAUUUCAGUGGACCAAAUGACUGAUUCUCAGGCAUUACCUGGAGUUUCAGAUCCUAAGAACAACACCAUGCCAUCCCAGGCAAAUGAAAAUCAGAGCCUUCUUUUAUGCUAUGUGUGUGAAAAAGAGCACAGCACUGUUAAACAAGCAGCAUGUGGCUUUAUCUCUUGCCCCAAGUGUGAAGAAGUUCAUAACAACUGCAGAAUCUGUAUGACUUCUGGUAUUAAAGGUACCAUGACUGUUCAAGAAUCAACAAUAACAAUUCCUGGAUUUAACAGAGACACGACGCUAAGGAUUAUCUACGAUAUACCCAAUGGUAUUCAAGGGGAGGAUCAUCCAUACCCAGGGGAACCUUUCAAGGGCAACAGAUUUGAAGCCUUUUUACCGUAUAACAAAACCACUACAAAGCUUCUGCCUCUUCUGAAGAAAGCUUUUUACAAAGGACUCACCUUCACAGUGAAAGUAGCAUCUGCAGAUGAUGAUGGAAACAGAGAAGGAACAGUGGUCUGGGGCAGCAUUCCUCAUAAAACCAAGACAGAAGGGGGCACCUCUAAGAGGCUCCAUGGACCAGAGGGAAAGCUAAAAGUGAAUGGCUAUCCUGACUUUAACUACAUCACACGCUUGGAGGAGGUGUUGAAGGCAGCAGGAAUCGGAGAUUAAAUGCUAUUUCCAAGACUUCUUUUUAUCAUGCCUUGCUCUAAUGACUCGGAAUUGUAUAGAGAAUCCUUACUCAUUUUUGUGGGUUAAACAGUUAAAUCUCUUGACCAGGUUUCUGUUGAAUUAUGGCUUGACCCCGAGCUCAGUGUUCCCUGUGUGAAUAGUGUCCUGAGCUGUUCUGGUGUCACGUCUGGGGGUGUGUUUUCUGCACCUGGUGUUCUCAAGAUAGAUCCUGGAUCCUUGGAUACAGCGAAGAUGAAUGGCUUAAUUAAUACUUUAUACAUUAGCAUUUAAAGUAUUAUAUUUGUGAAAUAUUUUCUUAUUUACAUAACAGAACACAGCUUUGGCACAGUAGUAUAGCCAAAUUAUACCAACGUGUAGCAAAGCCUUCUGGCUAAGAUGGAUUUGUCCUUGGAUUUUACAUGGAUUUUUUAAAUAGUGUUUUGCUUUUCCUGCUUUGGGUUCACUAAUGACUAACAAAAUAAUAACACCAUAAGAGUGAUGAGGGUAAUUAAACAUCAAAAUCAUCAGAAUGCAGCUACAAUCUUCAGCACCAAGCUUUCUUCUAAAAUUCCUGAAGUGAUUUACUGUUUGAAAGGAACAGUAUGGAUAAUUCAGCAAAAUAUGCAUAUGAACUAUCAUAAAUACAACACUGAGUGUGUUCAAAUAUGAUAUAUAUAGUAAAUAAAAGUCAGUAGUAUGGAAAGAUGUGUGUGGGUCAGGGGGUCGGUGUAUAACAUGAUUUGAGGUUCACAGUAAUAUAUAUUGUGUUUAAGGUAGUGUUUACUGCCAUGUUUCUGUGUGAACUGAAUAAACACUUCCGUCUUCGA